GCCUCCAAGCCGUUAGAGGGCAGUAAAGCAUUCCAUAUUGUGCUCCGUCGACGUGAAGUCAAACAGGAAGAACAGGAGAGCGUUGUUAGCAAAAGACUACGAGGAAAGCGCUCGUUGACCCCUUUGGUUGGCAUUCAGAUCAGCAUGGGCCGCCACUUUGGAAAUUUGGCCAGGGUCAGGCAUGUCAUCACAUACAGUCUGUCCCCCUUUGAGCAGAAGGCAUUCCCCAAUUAUUUCUCCAAAGGAAUUCCCAAUGUUUGGAGAAGGUUCACGUCAUCUUUCUUCAAAGUUGCGCCCCCAAUGAUCCUCAUGUACCUGACCUACUCGUGGGGCAACAGUGUUCACAAGCAGAGCAAGAGGAAGAAUCCCGCUGACUACGAAAAUGAAGAAUAAAUUUUCGCCAGCUCCAAGGCUUCUUCUGUUCACCAAUAAAGAUGAAAAAAUAUCA